CCACCACUUACCAUCAACUAGGCUAUCCCACAUUAUAUACAAGAUGGGCAGGAUUGUCUUCUAUGAGGACAAGAACUUCCAGGGACGUCGCUAUGAGUGCGACAGUGACUGCUCAGAUUUCCACACCUACCUAAGCCGCUGCAACUCUAUCCGGGUGGAGAGUGGAGCUUGGGUGGUGUAUGAGAGACCCAACUACAUGGGCUACCAGUAUGUACUGACGAGGGGGGAGUAUUCGGACUAUCAGCGGUGGAUGGGCCUCAAUGACCGCAUCAGCUCCUGCAAGAUCAUCCACUUUACCAGUGGGACCCAAUACAAAAUGCAGCUGUAUGAGAAGGCAGACUUUGGUGGACAGGUGUUCGAGGCCACAGAGGAUUGUCCCUCACUUCUAGAGAAAGUUCGCUGGAGGGAGGUCAACUCAUGUAAAGUCUUUGAUGGUUGGUGGGUGUUCUAUGAGCACCCUGAUUACCAUGGACGCCAGUACUUCCUAGAGAAGGGAGAAUACCGAAAGCCUGGCGACUGGGGUGCUAUCAGUCCCGCAAUCCAGUCCUUUAGACGCUUCACUGAGUGAUUGAACCUCCAUCCAGAUGAA